CCUCAAUUGUUGUUGUUGUAAUGCCACAAUUAAAAGCAAAGCUGCCAUGGUUGGGUCAGCUAAUGGCCGCUUUUGCUUUUGCUUUAGUUGUAUUUGUAUUUCCUGGUGCUUGCCUCGCCAGGCAUGUAAAUCAGGAUUGUGGGUCUGUUUUUUGUGGAAGCUUGAAUAUCAGUUACCCAUUCCGGUUGAAAACCCAACCUCCUCACUGUGGUCACCGUAGGUAUGAAGUUGAGUGUGACAAAAAUAACCGCACCACUGUGGUUGCGAGAGAGGGGAAAUUCUCAGUCGAAGAAAUAUUUUAUGAAAAUUACACGAUGCGAGUAGUUGAUGCGGGCCUCGACAUGGAUGAUUGCAACUCCCUUCCUCUCUCUUCCGUAUAUUAUUAUAGUCCUUAUCUUGACUGUGAAAAACCUAUUCAAUUUUAUUAUGAUUAUAAUCUUAGCCUUAUGUAUGUUGUGAAUUGCACGAAACCUAUAGAGUCAGCUCUCUAUAUUCCAGCAUCUCGUUGUAGGAUCAACUCCAAUGUCUCUUCCUAUUUCUACUUUUUAGACGGAAGAACCCCGCUGUCUAAUUUCAGUCAAUCCUGCACUUUGGAAGUGGAGGUUUCAAUUUGGGUUCAUAAUAUCUCAGGCAUGUCUACGCUGGAUAUCUACAACAAGCUAUCUGAGGGAGUUCUGCUUACAUGGAUGACGGAGUACUACUUCAAGGAGAAUUGCAUCAGCCACAAAGUUUCAUUUCAAGACGUGUUAUACGGCUCGCUAUAUGUCUUGCAAUCUGCAGUUGCUAGCGUUUUAUGUGUUGGAGUAACAGUUGGACUCAUCACGCUGAGGACCCUGCUUGGAAUACUUUGUUUGGUUGUGCUUGUUACCUACAAAUGGAGAAGAAGUCAUUUAUCAGCUGAUGAUAAGAUUGAAGAAUUCCUUCAAAACCACAAUCUCUCACCAAUUAGAUACUCCUUUAAACAAAUCAGAAAAAUGACAAAAAAAUUCAAAGAAAAAUUAGGUGAAGGGGGCUACGGCUCCGUGUUUAAAGGAAAGCUUCGCAGUGGACAUCAUGUGGCAGUGAAAUUGCUUGGCAAAUCAAAGGGUAAUGGCCAAGAUUUCAUAAAUGAAGUUGCCUCUAUUGGGAGAAUCCAUCAUGCUAAUGUGGCAAAACUCGUUGGAUUUUGUGUGGAGGGAUCAAAGCAAGCACUUGUAUACGACUUCAUGCCAAAUGGAUCUUUGGAUAAAAUCAUAUUUACGGAAGAAAAUAAGAACGCUCUGGGCUGGAAAAAGAUGCUUGAGAUUGCGCUUGGGGUGGCUCGAGGAAUCGACUACUUGCAUCGAGGGUGUGACAUGCAAAUUUUGCAUUUUGAUAUCAAACCACACAAUAUUCUUCUAGACCACAAUUUCAAUCCAAAAGUUUCGGAUUUUGGUCUUGCUAAAUUGUAUUCAGUCGAUGAGAGCGUCGUGUCUCUCACCUCAGCACGGGGAACAAUAGGAUACAUAGCUCCCGAAUUGGUAUACAAAAACCUAGGAGGCAUUUCAUACAAAGCCGAUGUUUAUAGUUUCGGGAUGUUACUAAUGGAAACGGUGGGAAGGAGAAAGAAUGUGAAUGCAUUUGCCGAUCACACCAGUCAAAUCUAUUUUCCGUCUUGGAUUUAUGACCGAUUGGAUCAAGGAGAGGACAUGGAGCUUGGAGAUGCUUCUGAUGAUGAAAAAGUAAUGGUUAGGAAGAUGCUAAUAACAGCCUUUUGGUGCAUACAAUUACAUUCCGCUGAUCGUCCAUCGAUGAGUAAAGUCUUGAGGAUGCUUGAAAAUGAGGAUGAGUUACUUGAAAUGCCUCCAAAGCCAUUUCAUGAACUUCCUCUUGACACAUCAUCGGAGGUUCACGGUGGUGAGAGCCCUAAUGAUGAGCCAACUACAUCAAUGGAUUCUAUUACCAUAAACAGCAGAUCAAAUGUGGUUUGAGAUUGCUUUGCAGCUUUAUAUUAUUUUGCAUUUUAUAUGUACUUGUAUGAUGUUAUAUGUGGAGCAUAUGU